AUGAGUCUCGUGGCUCGUCUCUCUGGUGAUAUUUCAGGGGUUUUCUGGUACUAUGGAGAAUGCUUGACCUGGGUGGCCUGUGUUGAUGCAGGCGGAGGAUCAUGUAAGCCACUAGAGCAGCUCAUAGCCCCCAGAGAGAGUAAUGUCAAGGAGAGCCAUGAAGAAGUCUGUUUCAUCUCUCAGACUGGACUAGGUAUCAGGGGGAACUCUCUUCUCACCAUGGUCUACCUCACCUCGCUCCUCCUGGGUUCCAAACCAAAGCCCACAGACCUGGUCAUUAUUCUCCUAGCUCUAGUCCACAACAUGAUGCUUCUUGCCGGGUGGAUCACCAGAACAGCAGGAAUAUUGGAGCUGCGGAUUGUACAGAUCAAUGCUGAGUGUAAGCUGCUUGACUACAUCUACCGCAUCACCCGGGGCCUCUCCAUCUGCACCAGCACCCUCCUGAGCGUGGUCCAGGCCAUCACCAUCAGUCCUUGCACCUCCUAUCUAUUCAAGCUCAAGGUUCAGAUCCCAGACGUCAUCCUCCCGGUUUUAGCCAGCUUGUGGAUGCCAAACCUGCUGAUAAGCACCCAACGUUUGUACCAAGUGGUCGCUUCACAUAAUGCAACCACCAUUGGGAGCAAUUGUUACGCUAUUCCCAUAGACACAAUCCUCCAGGGUCUUAUUCUCACCUUCAUGGCUCUCUGUGACAUCCUCUCUCUGGGGAUCAUGAGCUGCUCCAGUGGCUACAUGGCCCUUCUCUUGCAUCUUGCAUCUUGCAAGAGCCAGGUCCAACGUCUUCACAGUACCGGCCAAGCCCCUGAAAUAUCACCAGAGAGACGAGCCACCAAGAUCCUUGUGCUGCUUGUGAGCUGCUUUGUAGUUUUCUACUUUGGAGACUUAAUCCUUUCCCUGUUCCUAGGGACAUUCAUGAAGAAUAAUGACACCCUCUUGAAUGCUGGCAUGUUUGUUGUCAGUGGAUAUGCCACUGUCAGCCCCUUUGUCUUGCUCACCUGUGACACAAGAGUCAUCAAGUUCCUAGGUGAUUUUCUGGGGAAUAAGAUCUGA